UCUUUGCUUCCUGCUCCCCUUCAGCCCUGAGGAGCGUGCCCAUGGCGAGCCCUCUUUCUCGUGGCUGCUGCGCGGCUUGUGGGGCUGUGAGGGGCAGAGCGAGCCCGCCCAGGCUCCGGCGGCUCCGGUGCUGGAGCCCCGUGUGAGUGGACCCCGAGGCCGCCGUGAAGUUUAUUGUGAAAGGGAAGCAGCCCGCGCACCGAGCUACCUGCCGCGGUUACACAGCCGGGGGCUGCCGGCCCUGCGCCGCCUGGAAGGAGCGCUGCUGGCGGGCUACGGUCGCCCCGUCCGCGAGUCUCUGCGGCGGCUUCGAAAGGCCGACGGCAGCACCUCCCCGCGCCGGAGCCCUUGCAGGGUACGGCCCAGGCGUGCGGCCCUUCCCGGCCCUUCCCUCGCGGCUUGAAGGCGGCUUCGGUGAAGCGCGCCCGGUGUGGGAAGUAAUGCCGGCGCCUCGGGGCGUGGGGCCGGAGGAGGCGAUGCCAGAAAAAAAAGCUUCUUGAAGAACUUGGAGAGAAAAGACUUCCAUAUGUGACACCAGCCGAUGCUGAUUUCCGUCAAUUGUGGAAGACCAAAUAUUCCAAGCUGAUUUUCAGAAAAUCUGAUACAGUACCUGAAGACCUCCAUCAAAUGGUACAAGAAGGCUUUCUGACCUUGCGAGAACAGGAUUGUUUCUUUCAAGAUCUUGUAAGGAUCAAAGGAAAAGAUUUUCUUACCCCAGUGUCUCGUAUAUUAAUUGGAAACCCAGGAUGCACUUACAAGUACUUGAACACAAGAUUAUUUACAGUUCCUUGGCCUACUGAAGGUUAUGAUAUAAAGUAUUGCAGUCCUCAAAUACACGAUGCUUGUAAAGCAUUAAUCAGACUUAAUGACUACUUGCAUAUUGAAGCAGUCAAGGCAUUACAAGGACAAAAUUUCUUUGAGACCAAAGAAAUUAAAGAUACUACUGUAAUAGAUAGGGAGCAAAAUUUUGCUACUCCUCUUACGGAGAAAGGGUCUGUUUCAAAAGAUCAAAGCAGUUGUUGUGUACCAGAGGAUGACUACAUAAGUCUAAAGAACAGAACAUCUUAUAACUUGACUUUAUUAAAUUACAUGGAUCCACUGCAAAUGCUGUACUUGAAACAAGAGCCUUAUUUUGGAAUGGGGAACAUGGCAGUGAGCUGGCACCAUGACGAGAAUCUGGUAGAAAGGUCGACGGUCGCUGUGUACAGCUAUAGCUGUGAAGGUUCAGCCAUGGAAGAAAGUAAUGAACAAAAACUGAAGGGAAGAGACCCAGCUGUUUGGCACGUAGGCUUGAAGGUAGCAUGGGACAUAGAGACACCUGGAUUAGCAAUACCGCUUCACCAAGGAGACUUCUACUUGAUGCUUGAUGAUCUCAAUAUGACACAUCAACACUGUGUUCUGGCUGGUUUUUCACCUCGAUUCAGCUCAACUCACAGAGUGGCAGAUUGUUCAAGAGGAACGUUGGAGUACAUAUUUGGACAAUGUGAACUGGCACUCCAGAAUUUGCAGACUGAUUCCGAUUCAAUGGCUUUAUCUUUGAAAUCACUGGAAACUGCAGUUAUAAAGCAAGUAGAAGAAAUACAUAAUGAGGUUGAAUUUGAGUGGCUUAGGCAGUUUUGGUUUCAAGGCAGGCGGUAUUUGAAGUGUACUGACUGGUGGCUUAAGCCUAUGGCUCAAUUGGAAGAAUUUUGGAGAAAGAUGGAGAUUAUGACAAGCCUGGUCCUCUCUGAAGUUGGAAAAGAGGAACAAACUGAGGAACAAAGGAAUGAAACCAUCGACUGCUUCUUGCUAGCUCUUACUGAACGACAAAGGCUGCGUAAAGAAUGGACAGCAAGAUGCCAGUCAGAAGCAGCAGAGAGCUUGCCAGAAGACCAGAAACCAGAAUGCCAUCCCUUCUGGACAGAUGAUGAGUGUGAUAUGCCUCUGCCAUACGAUCUUGAAGAAGUAAUUGCUAAUCUACAAAAUCUUGUUCAGUGAGUAGAGGAACAGGUGACCUUCCAGCCUGGAAUUAUUGAUGCUUAUCAUUUGGAGAGAAGCCUUUUAGUUUAAAAUAAAUCUUUUCAGCUUUGUGAUUCCUUGAUCAUGUGUUAUUUUAUGUGUCAAUGCAGAUUUUACCAGUCUUCACACAGUACCUUAGUUACUGUUCCAUGAUAAAAAAGCCCAGGCCCCAAAUCUACAGAAACAGGUGUCUUUUAAGACCUGAAGUCCAGAACACCAGCCUCACUUCUUUCCUCCUCCACUCUAAUUCCCAUCGACCCUACAGCGCAUGGAUAUCUGUGUUUCCACAAGUUCCCUUGACGUCUAAAUUUCAGCUUCCACAAGUGCCUAGAACUGCCUCUGGCUUGGCAGGUUUGAGCAACACACGGCAUAGCUCACACCUGUGACGAAGCAGAAUCCAUGAUCUAGGCAUCCUAAUGAGGCCAACUUGGGGUGAGCCUGCUGGAUGUCGCCAGGAUAGAGCUGUGCACACAGUACAGUGACUUCUUCAUCCACUAAAAGAGACAGAGGUACAGGAGGUGGUGGAGAAAGUCCUUUAUGCAGUGGCUCCUUGUGAGAGCAUGUUUUCAGAUGAGGAACUCUGGAGGAGCAUCCUGACACAGAUCCCAGGGCUUUCUUGCUGUUUUUCAUCAUGGCAAUUGAGUAGUACUGGGAGAGAUUUCCGAUGUGACUCUGUACCUCCUGGGCUCCCUGGAAGUCAGAAUUUGGUUCCUAACCAUCGCUUCAUUUCCGCAUGUUGCUAAUCCUAUUCUGAGGCCAUGUUUCCCAGUGCAUUCUCUAAAGAGCUGGUGGACCUAAGUAAGGGCUUUCAUUUGGGGUGUUGGGUCCCCUGACAGAUUAGAUCUAGGUUGUCUGAUACUGGGCAUUGCAGCAUCUCUGUUGAUCUAGUGAGAUCUAUGAGAACAAAACCAGAAGGCUAUGACAAAGCUCUUUGUGAUCUGUUUUGUAAUAACCUGCUAUAAAAAGAACAAUUCUAUGUUGGACGAUAGAGGCCACUCCUGAAGGAGAGAUUUUUCAUUUGGUUAAGUUGCUAUUUUAACUAGAGCUGGUGUACGCCUUUUCCUUUGGCAUAAAAAGCAGAAGAAAAUCAUUUUAUGGUGAAACAGCACUCAGUCUGUGUUACCACUACAAAAGAAACCAGUAAGACUCAGAGCUUGACGUUGCCACCAAGAAAUGAAUACGCCUCCUGUGUUAAUCUUCUGUUUAAAAUCACUGUUGAGGCCAGGCUUACCCAGCGCACACCAGUUUACCGUCUUGGCAAAGCACUCUGUGCGCGGAUGAGGCUUGUACUGCCGAAAAUUGUACUUUUGACAGUAUAACAUAUGCCAGACCUCCCUGGAGCUAAAGAAGCUGUGCUAGCAAAAAUUCAGUUUUAGUGGUAUAAAACUGUGUCCACACCUACCCGCUUCUGCCAGGACAAUUAUAGCGAGUGGAGAUUGUACCUCUUAACACCUUUGACGUAGCUAUGCCAGCAAAAGUACAAAGACCCGCAUCAAGCGCUUUCAUUGUAGUCCUGGACUUCUGCUAAAACGGUUAGCCACCCUGCAGAACAUAAAGACUCUCUGAAGAAUAAAUUAUUAUUUAAAGUAGGUUCGAUUAUAUUAUAACUUUGAUCCCCACAUCUGUCUGUUGUCUCUUGUGCCACAGAUGUCUUAACAUUUUGAAAUACUAUGUUAUGGGCAUAGCUUUUUCUUUCCUGCACUAACUAAAGCUGGCUUUACCAAUGGGCAAAUAGCAUAUAUUUGGAUUAAUGCCACACUAAAUACUGUUUGCUUUGGAGAUCACUUAGAGAAAAGCUAGCUGAAGAUGUGGGAAUUCUGCUUUUGAAAAGGCAGUUCUCACAGAAACAGAUAUUACUUUGGAAAUGAGCAACAUGAAUUCAGACAAGCUAAUGAUGUAACACUGUUAACACAGCAUUUGAGGGGAUUGUUUGUUUGUUUGUUUAUGCUGUUACUUUAUGAUUAUUUUGUGUUUAAUUAAGCGCUGCUAGAAACCAUGGGGAUCACAGUAUUGAAAUAAAUCUGACAGCCAUUAUGGGUAGAGGAGGCACAUCAGUGUUGUAGUUUGUAGCUGAAGUGGAGGCAUAGCUGUUAAAAAAUGAUUGGCAAAUAAUGAUUUCCAGCAGUAGUGAAAAAAAAUGGUUUUUUCUUGUAUUAGGAGACUGCAGGCAGCAAUAAUAGAUUUUUUAAAAAUACAUGAUUCUAGGUUUUGUCUGUGCUGAAGAUUUAAGCUCGUGAAUUAGUGGAACUCAUACUAGGCUCAGCACAGUCAGAUAGCAGUCAUUUAAGCCAUGGAUGGCAAUGAAACGACCUGGACAAAUGAACACCUUUGGAAUGGAUAAGACCUAAGAUUCACUGGCAAAAUACCAAUAAUUAAGUGGUUAAAAAGGAUUAAUGCUCUGUGUUGCAUUCCAGUCUCACAUCAUCUAAAUCAGUGUAAGUUGAUUGAUUCAGCUGAAAUACAGAAGUAUAAGAAGGUUUCAUAUCUCCAGAGCUCACAGGAGUUGAUAGCAAAGACCAUGAGUAAGUUUGAUGGAACCAUUUGACGUAUGUGGUAAUGCCAAAGGAUACCCCAAGAGAACAUGUAUAAAUGUAAAUAUCUAUUAAAAAAAUGAGAGAUCAAGUGUGAAUUAUUGCUGCGUUUAGAUUACAUUCUAGAAGAUGACAAAUACUUCAAAGUUUGCUUUAUUUUAUUCAAAUAGUUAUAAUUUAGCCCAUGUUGCAAUGAGCUUUAACAAUCCAUUUAUAUCCCAGCAUUAGAUAAGCCAUUACCAUUUUGGAUGAGCUGAAAAACACAGCCUCUAAUGGAUGUUCUGUGUAUAGCAACUGUUUGCCAAGCCUGGAUGCGCUAGAGGCAUGAGGACCAAGGUCAGGUUUUUUUCAGGAAGAGGCGAGAGCAUAGAUUAGCUUCUACCAUUAGAUUCAGUGAUUCUUUUUAAAUGGUGAAGUUCACGACUUUGCUUACAUUUACUUUUCAUCAGCCGUGAAAGAAUUAAGGUAAAAUAGUUCACUUGCACGUGUCUGUCAGGCUAAAUGGAUUACAGAAGAUACAGAUCUGUUUGCCUGUCUGCACUUGCCUUUAGACAAUAUUCAUCAAUUUUACAAAAGCUACUAACUAAACAUGGAACCAAUACAAAUGAAAUGCUCGAGGCAAGGGCUUUCUUUUAAAAAUCUGAUACAGAGGUGGUUUUACACUGAUAGAAAGAAAAUGUUGGCAGAAUAUGAAAAACUUUUAUUGUUUCUGUAAUUUGGGGGAUGAAAGGUAAAGGCCGUUUUUAAGUAUUUGAUAGAAAACUGCUGUGUUGUGCCAUGUAAUUAGAAAUGUUUUUUAUAAUUCUUUAUUCAUAUCUCCGUAUGUAAAAAUAUUUUAUCUUGUAGGUCUUUUCUUCUUGUUAAAAGGUUAUGUAAAUAAAAAAUAUUAAUCUGAAUACAG